UGCCGCAGGUGUCGCUGUACAGUAACCGGACGGCGCUCUUUCUCUGCGGUGACGCCAGAGCUCCCGGGGAAACUCUGCGUAACAUUGCGCGUCCACCGGAAGUGCUUCUCACAUGAACGUCCGCCACCGGCAACAUGGCUGCCCCCGGGGGGAAGGUCCAUGGUAUCUCUAAAGCUGAAUACCUGAAGCGUUACCUGGAUACUGAAAGCUCAGCGGGGGGCGAUGGGCCGGCGAGAAAAAAGAAGAAAAAGAAGAGACCGGAGGGGAAGGGCAUGCGGAUAGUAGACGAUGAUGCUGAGGAUUGGAAAAAAGUUCCCAAAAAAAAGGAGGAACCAGUGGAAGAGGAAGAGGACCAACCAGUGGUGGCAGAGUUUGUAGAUGAGCGCCCAGAAGAGGUCAAACGCAUGGAAGAAUUCAGGAACAGCAACAAGUGGAAGGUGAUAAAACGUGACAGUUCACCGGAAAUGGACACAUCCCAAGCCAAAGAAUUAAGUGAAGGGAUGGCUAUCCCCAAAACAACAUCAACUAAGGGGUUUGAGCCUAGUUCUCCAGGGUCUGCAGAGCCCUCUCCUCCUCAAAGGGUCAGGCAUGACUCUCCAGAUCCUUCUUCACCUCGAAGGAGCAGGCAUGACUCUCCAGAUCCUUCUUCACCUCGAAGGAGCAGGCAUGGCUCUCCAGAUCCUUCUUCACCUCGAAGGAGCAGGCAUGACUCUCCAGAUCCUUCUUCACCUCGAAGGAGCAGGCAUGACUCUCCAGAUCCUUCUUCACCUCGAAGGAGCAGGCAUGACUCUCCAGAUCCUUCUCCCCCUCGAAGAGGCAGGCAUAAUUCUCCAGACCCCUCUCCUCCUCGAAGGGAUAGGCAUGAUUCUCCAGUUCCCUCUCCACCUCGAAGGGGCAGGCAUGACUCUCCUGGCCCUUCUACAUCUCAAAGGGACAAACAUGUCUCUCCAGAUUCUUCCCAACCUCAUACAAAGAGACAUGACUCCCCAGACUCUUCCCAACAUCAAAGCAGAGGAUAUAACUCUCCAGAUUCUUCUAAACCUCAAAGAUUGAGACAUGUCUCCCCAGAUCAUCCUGCCCAAAGGGCUAAAUAUGACUCACCAGAGACUUCUGCUCCCCAAAAAAGACAAUUUGAUGCAUUAAAUACCUCCCGUCUAAAAGGGGGAGGACUUGAUUACCAGAAGCCUUCCCUUUCACGUAGUGGUAAACAGGACUCCCAGGAUACCCCACCCCCGCGGCGUAGCAGGUGGGAUUCCCCAGACGUGCCUUCUCCAAGACAUGGCAGACGGGACUCCCCAGUGCGUCGUGGUAGGAAGGGUGAGUGUCCUCCACAGCAAGGCAGAAGAAACUCCCCAGAUAGAUCUUCGCCACUGCGAGACAGGGAGGGCUACACAGGCAGCUCUUCUCCACGACGGCUAAAGAGGGAUUGCCAAGGCAGCUCUUCUGCACAGCGAAGCAGACGAAACUCCCCUGAUGCCUCUCCUCCACGGCGGGGCAGGCGUGAGUCCCCGGACGCCUCUCCUCCACGACGGGGCAGGCGUGAGUCCCCGUAUGCCUCUCCUCCACGGCGGGGCGGGCGUGAGUCCCCGUAUGCCUCUCCUCCACGGCGGGGCGGGCGUGAGUCCCCGUAUGCCUCUCCUCCACGGCGGGGCGGGCGUGAGUCCCCGGGCGCAUCUCCUCCACGGCGGGGCGGGCGUGAGUCCCCGGGCGCCUCUCCUCCACGGCGGGGCAGGCGUGAGUCCCCGGGCGCCUCUCCUCCACGGCGGGGCGGGCGUGAGUCCCCGGGCGCCUCUCCUCCACGACGGGGCAGGCGUGAGUCCCCGGAUGCCUCUCUUCCGCGGCGGGGCAGGCGUGAGUCCCCGGGCACCUCUCCGCGGCGGGGCAGGCGUGAGUCCCCGGGCGCCUCUCCUCCGCGGCGGGGCAGGCGUGAGUCCCCGGACGCCUUUCCUCCACAGUGGGGCAGACGUGAGUCCCCAACGCAAAAGGGCAAACAGGCGUCCCCGGGCUCGUCUCCACCACAAAAGGUAAGAAGGGAUUACUCUACUCAAGCUAAAAGACGUGAUUCUCCUGAUAUAUUCCCCUCACAGAAAGCUAAACUGAGCUCGCAAGAAGUCUCGUCAGCUCAGGGGGACACACAUGUUUCUCGAAAGCAUCUCUCUCCUAGCAAAAAUAAGCGGAGUUCCCAUUACUCAGACUCUGUCCCAUCUUCCCACCAUAGGAGAACACCUCAUUCUGUAAGUCCAUCUUCCAUCAAAAAUAAAAGACCUGACUCUCAACAUCAGACUAAUCGAAUUAACCCUUUGGACAUUUCCAAAAAGAUUGAGCAAGGCAAAAGUUUACGUUAUACUGAGAAAGGUUCAACGGUUAAGAUGAGAUCUGAUCGAUCCCCCCCACAUUCCUCCAAUUGGCAUGAUUCUGAUUCCACCCGUUCCUCUACUUGGAAGAGAGUGGAGUCACCACCACAAGGCAGAAGGAAAAAAGCAGUGCAACAGGAUUCUGAUUCAGAUUUGUCUCCGCCAAGGCAUAAGAAACGGCGGAGUUCAGACUCUGACUUGUCGCCACCACGUCACACACAGAGGAGAGGCUCGGACUCAGACUUGUCACCCCCUCGGCUCAAAGCUGACACCAAAAGAGAUCUUAUGUCUUCACAAAGAAGUACUGGGUCCCAGAUGCUGUCUGGUAGUAAAGCUGGCCUGGUGUCUGCAGAGGUUCUAAGAGAAGAGAAAGAAGAGCAGAGGCGGGCACAGAGAGCGAACAGACACCUGGAAGUUGACUCAAGGAACACCAAGACAGUAUUCCGAGACAAGAGUGGAAAGCGCAGAGACUUGGAAGCUGAACAUGAACAGCAACUGCAGAAACAAGCUAUUCAGGAUAAGAGGGACGCAAUGUAUGCCCAGUGGGGCAAAGGCCUGGCACAGAAGGAAAAGCAGCAGCAGAAUCUGCAGGAUGCUGCUCGAGAGAUUUCAAAACCUCUGGCUCGAUACAUUGAUGACUCUGACCUGGACCGCAUGUUACGAGAACAGGAGAGAGACGGUGAUCCGAUGGCAAAGUUCCUGCAGAAGAAAAAGGACAAGGAAAGCAAAGGAAAGAACGAGCGGCCAAGAUAUAAGGGUCCAAACCCUCCACCAAAUAGAUUUAACAUUUUGCCUGGGUACCGCUGGGAUGGUUUGGACAGGUCCAAUGGAUUUGAGAACAAGUACUUUGCCAGAAUAUCCGAAAAGAAAGCUGUACAGGAGUCUGCUUACAAGUGGAGCGUGGAAGAUAUGUGAAUUCUACCAUUGUCUAUGGUCAUAUCUUUGACAGGACAUUAAACAUUCUUACAUUCUUUGUAUUGUGCGAGGCCUUGUGUGUCAGCUGCCAAACCAGCAACAACUGAAGACCUGAUCUUUAUGUGAUGCAAUGUAUUGGCAGCGGACAAUAUGGGAACAGAUCUGGCAAGUAUUUCUUAUAAGCAAUCACUGAGCACUACGAGUAAAAAGUAUUUCUUCAUUCUAGAACCUGUCUGCCCUUAGAAACAUGUUGUAGUAGACCCUGCCUUGCUGUCUGCACUGAUGGACUGCUUAUUGGGAUAUGUUCCAAGCUACAGUAUAUACCCCGUGGGUACGCAAUGCUGCGUGGGUUCCUCUGAAUUCUAUGAGGACAUCAGUCUGUAGGUUGCUGAUCGGAAAACAAAACUUCAGGUUUUUCUUUUUAUUGUAUUUACCCUAACACCAAUAUUACCAAAUGAAAAUGGUUUCCCUUGUCUUGUAAUAAAUGUCUGUAUGAAAUUAAAUGUUUCUUUAUUUGUACUCAACAUAA